AUGAACGAGCUGAGGCUUCGGGCGGUCCGCGACCCGGACGCGCCGCCGGUGGAGAAGGAGUCAGAACCAGAAGUAAAGGCAGAUGGAGAGACUGCAUCGGACAGUGAGAACCGUGCGGAAGCUGCUCCCCUAGUAACCUCUGCAGACGAUACCCCGGAGGUCCUCAAUAGGGCCCUUUCCAACUUGUCUUCAAGAUGGAAGAACUGGUGGGUGAGAGGCAUCCUGACUUUGGCCAUGAUUGCAUUUUUCUUCAUCAUCAUUUACCUGGGACCAAUGGUUUUAAUGAUAAUUGUGAUGUGUGUUCAGAUAAAGUGUUUCCAGGAGAUUAUCACUAUUGGCUACAAUGUCUACCACUCCUAUGAACUACCUUGGUUCAGGACCCUCAGCUGGUACUUCUUACUGUGUGUGAAUUAUUUCUUCUAUGGCGAAACAGUGACGGAUUAUUUCUUCACUUUGGUCCAGAGAGAGGAGCCUUUGCGGAUUCUAAGCAAAUACCAUCGGUUCAUUUCCUUUACUCUCUACCUGAUAGGAUUCUGUAUGUUUGUAUUGAGUUUGGUCAAGAAGCAUUACCGUCUGCAGUUCUACAUGUUUGGCUGGACCCAUGUAACGUUACUGAUUGUUGUCACCCAGUCACAUCUUGUUAUCCACAACCUGUUUGAGGGAAUGAUCUGGUUCAUUGUCCCCAUUUCUUGUGUGAUCUGUAAUGACAUCAUGGCCUAUAUGUUUGGAUUCUUCUUUGGUCGGACCCCACUCAUCAAGCUGUCGCCGAAGAAGACCUGGGAAGGCUUCAUUGGGGGCUUCUUUGCAACUGUGCUGUUUGGCCUUCUGCUGUCCUAUGUGAUGUCUGGGUACAGAUGCUUUGUCUGCCCUGUGGAGUACAACAAUGACACCAACAGCUUCACUGUGGACUGUGAGCCCUCGGACCUGUUUCGCUUACAUGAGUACAACAUUCCUGAAGUGAUCCAGUCGGUCAUUGGCUGGAAAAUCAUCCGGAUGUACCCUUUCCAGAUUCACAGCAUUGCCCUUUCCACCUUUGCCUCGCUCAUCGGCCCCUUUGGAGGGUUCUUUGCAAGUGGAUUCAAACGAGCCUUUAAAAUCAAAGACUUUGCCAAUACUAUUCCCGGCCACGGAGGCAUCAUGGAUCGCUUUGACUGCCAGUAUCUGAUGGCCACCUUUGUCAACGUGUAUAUCGCCAGCUUUAUCAGGGGCCCGAACCCAAGCAAGCUGAUUCAGCAGUUCAUGAACUUGCGGCCAGAACAGCAGCUCCACAUCUUCAGCACACUCAAGUCUCACCUGAUCGACAAGGGGAUGCUGACAGAUACCACGGAGGACUAG